GCAAGCUUUUCAUCUACAUAAGCAGUGAUCUACAGGGAGCGUUCUCAUCUACAUACAGGAGUGUGUAGGCAUGACUGUUAUUUAAACGCCGAAGAGACGGAGUUUAUAUCGACAUGAUAGGCUUAGACAGCUAUGAUUUACAUACGGCAACAGUGACUCCAUAAAUCAGCAGAAUCACCUCCGGGUCGUGAUGCGGCGAUCGGCAAAGCUCGGAGCUCUGGCCACCACCGCGUCGUCAUCCAUCUUCACCUCCCCAAACAACAACCUCCGCCACCACCUCUCCUCCACACCACCACACACGCCACACACACAAUGCGGACGGCCGCCCUCCCCGCGCUCCUCGCGCUCUCCAGCAGCGCCGCCGCCCUCCCCACCACCACCACAGACAGCAGCGCCCCGCUCCCCCUGGUCAUCUGGCACGGCCUCGGCGACAACUACCUCGGCGAAGGGUUGCAAGCGGUGGGCGAGCUAGCCGAAAAAGCCAACCCCGGCACCUUCGUGUACAACAUCCGGCUGGACAACGACGCGGGCAGCGACCGCACCGCCACCUUCCUCGGCAACGUGACGGAGCAGGUGGCGGCCGUGUGCGCGCAGCUGGCCGCGCAGCCCGUGCUCGCGGCCGCGCCGGCCAUCAACGCGCUGGGCUUCUCGCAGGGCGGCCAGUUCCUGCGCGCCUUUGUCGAGCGCUGCAACGUGCCGCCUGUGCGCGCCCUCGUCACCCUCGGCAGCCAGCACAACGGCAUUGCGCGCUUCCAGACGUGCGCGCCGACCGACUGGCUUUGUCGCGGCGCCAUGGGCUUGCUGCGCUCGAAUGCUUGGUCCGGCUUUGUCCAGCGCCGCGUCGUCCCUGCCCAGUACUACCGCGAGCUGAACGAGUCGACCGGCCUGGGCUCCGAUGACUAUCUCGCUGCGUCGAAUUUCCUCGCCGAUAUCAACAAUGAGCGCGAGCUCAAGAACGAGACGUACAAGAGGAACUUGGCGAGUUUGGACAAGUUCGCCAUGUACGUCUUCGACGAGGACACGACCGUCAUCCCCAAGGAGACGGGCUGGUUCGCCGAGGUCAAUGGCACGACGGGCGAGGUGACGCAGCUGCGCGACCGGCCCGUCUAUACGGAGGACUGGCUGGGCUUGAAGCAGCUGGAUGAGAAGGACGGGCUGGUGUUUAGGAACAUGACGGGCGCGCACAUGGAGCUGGACGACGAGGCGCUCGAGGCUAUUUUCAAGGAGUUUUUUGCGCCGGUGAAGCGGGCGGAUGGCGCACAGGCUGUGCUGCUGGGCGAUGGGGAGCUGUGAGGGCGGGGUUUGAGCUUCUUUUCUCUUUGUAUAUUGUUACUUUUUGCGUGCAUGGCGGGUGGGAUGUUUAAAAGAGCAAGCGAUCGUUUCUUUGCCCGUAGGGAU